AUGAUGCUUUACGUGGAAAGUAAAGCUUUUCCUCCUGUUGCUUUUAUUAAACAUUGGAGUUUCAGUAUAAAGGGCGAUAGUGGUAUCCUAAAUACACGAAAGGUUUUAACUUUAAUGUCUGUUUUUUUCCAAAAUAUUUUUACUCAUUAUUUAAAGAGAAAAACAUUUAUCAUAUUAUGUAAGCUGACGGACACAAUUGCUCGAGCUCGGUCUCAAAUGCUGCAUAUUUUAUGGGAACUUGGACGUGAUGAUCAUCAAUUUAGAUUUCGCUAUCGUGGCCAAUAUCUCCGCGAUGCUUAUACAUUUGAGGAUUAUGAAAUUCCUGAAAAUGCAGUUGUCAAGAUGGUUCCUAUGGCUAAGCGUCAAGAGUCAUUUGUGGAUCUGCGUAGAAUGGAUGGCCAGAGUGAUUUAGGACAAGGGACAUCGGAUGAAGUUCUCAAUGCUCUAAAUCAAGAAAUCCAAGUAUUUGUUAGGAGAGAAAAGUUACUUGCAGCACUACAGGCAUUUCUUUGGCUAUGGGCAUUAGCCACCAUGUUAUCUUUUAUCACUAAUUACUUUUACAGCGGAUUCUGGAACGUUAUCAUUGUCUAUUUCCUAUUUAAAUACUGUCCAACGUUUACUCGUACGGGAGGAUUUGUUGGUCGAGCAUCUCAAUACAACAAGGUUGUGCCGGUUAUGUUGGUUCCUGCACCCACUGGCUGCUUUGGUCAGGCGGGGGAUUUCGUAGAACAGCACUUGGUUAAGACUAGAGAUGUUGAGAAAGUGUUAUUUUCAGCUAGAAAUGGAAAAAUCAAAGAAAAGCGUAAUGCAGCUUUUGAACUGGCUAGCUUUGCCGCUUGUAGCGAUGAUAACAAAUAUAAAAUUGUCUCACAAGGCGGUAUGGAAGUACUAUCCAAUCUGAGUUUAUCGAGGGACGAGGCAACACAAGAAUAUGCUACUGAAGCUAUUGCAGAGCUUUUAACCUUACCAGAGAUACAAGAUCAAUUUGUCGCGAUUGGUGGAGUACGAACAUUAUGUGCUCUUCUCCAUGGACGCACGGAUAAGAUCAUUUAUGAGGCUGCUACUGCUUUAUUCUACUUAAUUUCCGAUAAUGAUAAUAACAAAAUGGUUAUUGUUGAAGAUACAGGCUUGGAUGACUUAGCCCAUGCCUCUAUGAAAGAUAAUAUUAAGACUGCUAGAGUACUGGCUGGUGUUUUCCUAGAACUUCUAUCCUAUAAUGCGGAUUUACGAGAAAUUAUUGCUUCGCGAAAUGUUGUGGCAGUUGCUUUGGUCCAUUUGUGCCAAUUAGCGGAUUCAGAAACUCAACAAUUAUCGCUACAGGCAUUAGAGUUAAUCGCCAUUGAAUCUCCUGAAAGUGUCGUAACACAGGAAGACUUGCUACAUCAUCUAGUUGCGAUGCCAAGACUAACGGAAGACGAGAGGUUACACUUAUUAUCUGGAAAAAUUAUGCUCUACUUCGCCGAAAAUGAAGAGGCUUGUUCUGAAUUGAUCAAUGUUGCAAAUCUAACCGACACGCUGUUACAAUUUGCACAAAGUAAUGAUUCCGUGUUACAAAACGUCGUUAGCAAAAUUAUUCUGGCUAUACUGGAGAAUCAAAGAAUUACUCGUCGUAUCCCGUACCUAGGGCUGGAUAAAGUCGUCAUGUACCUGCAAAGUAAUAGCGUUGAUCGACAUAUCUUUGACAAUGCUGAUGCUGCCUUAAAUUUAUUAACGAUAUAUACAUCAGAAGACAAAAUGGGAUCGAGUUUAUCCUUAAAAUCGGUCGGUAAACCGGGUCAAAGUGGCUACGGAGUUUAG